AUGGCCACAAAGACUCGUCAUCGAGAAUGGAUACCGCCAGCGUUAAGACCACCGACCCUCGUUUCCCUGGCGGUCCUCUCUUUUGGGAUGAUUGCAGCCUUGGAGGCUCUACACCAUGUCAGCGCGACGUGGGUCUUAUCUCCGCAGAAUGGAACUGUCUUGAAUCUUGUUCGAUACCUGCCGACAUUCGGUGCCAUCGCAUUUGGCUUUGUCUUCAAAGGGAUCGUCUCCGAUUUGAAGAAAGCUACCCCGUGGGCCAAUAUGAGCAAGAAGUGGGCGAAGGGCGAAGAUUCGAUCUUACUUGAUUAUACCAAUGAACUGGAGAUUGUGGCGGUUUUCAGUGCACUACGGAGAAAACACUGGCCAGUCGCAAUAGGACUUCUAGGUGCUUUCAUUUGUGGCGCACUUGUACCAUUAACCAACUCUCUGGUAUACGUGGACUGGUCCGUACCAAGAAAUACAACGGAGAUAUUUACACAGAUUUCGAGUUUCAACUUCGAGAAUCAUCCACUCGCUAUGGCCAACGGGUCGUUGAAUAUACCCUGGAACUCCACCGGCGAAGCUCCAUAUGCUCGCGCAAUCUCUCAACAGCUUGGAGAUGUCCCGCGCGCAACAUGGACAACCGGACACUAUGCUUUCGAUCAAUUUACCUUUUCGAGUACGCUAAAUGCCACGUUAACCGCCGAGGUCAACGCAGUUUCGGCAACAAUGAGCUGCCAGCCGCUCCGUUACACCCGCGUAGCUGACAGCUGGGCCGCGGACACAGAUGACCUCAAAGCUGCGGGGUGCACGGGGUCUCUUACCUUCUCUUGGUAUAUGACCUCACAGGCCUGGCUAAAUAUCACUCAAUGCUCCGACCAUGGAGACCGUGAUGUGCGGAUUCUGGUGAAUUACAACGAUUAUAAUAGCUCGUCUUACAACGGGUCAAUUUGUUCUCCAAAGUUUACCAGCCAGCGGAUGAGCUUAUCCGUGAACAGCACCAAUUCAGAAAUCAUGGCUUUUGCGCCCAUAUCUGAUGUGGAACCCCUUGACGUGAAAACAAGCACUGAGGCACUCUGGAUCUAUUUACAAAAUCCAUUGGAUCCGGGGACUAUGGAGCGUUUUGGAGAGGGAUUAACUCGGGGAUUUUACUACGACUUAACUACUAGGCCCGUGGCCAACAUGUCUAACAUUACGUCGGCCGUGGGCGUCACUAGAGAAGGCGGAGGAGUCGACUAUUUUAUGCAGGUUAUAGUGAGAGGCCAGCCUCAAGGAACUGCAUUUGACUUCAGCCUUGUUGAAGCAAAAGCAGUAGACCUAGCUGGCAAGAUAUGGGCCGAGGUUAUCAGUAUUUUGGCACGAACACGUACCUUGAAAAGAAUAUCGGGGAGUGUAAACGUGAUUGACCAGAAAAUACUAGUGAGGACUCCUGUGCUGAGGACACUACAAGCUUUAUUGGCCUUAGUGGGAGUCUUAGCUUUUGUCUUUACUCUUGGGCUUCGUCCAAGAACUGUUCUCAAGCGAGAUCCAGGUCCGUUGGCCGCUGCAGGUCUCAUACUUUCAGUUUCCAAAACAAGUACUGAGCAAGAAAUGACGAACCAAGUUAGAUUAUCGGCGGAGUCGAUGGCUGCGGGCUUGCGCAAUGCACAGUUCACCCUACAGCAACGCAACAUCGAUGAGGACUAUGGCGUGAUAAUGCAGCACGUACAUCCUUCAGAUCAAGUGGAAAUGACUGCCUUAGAUUCACGGUCUCUCACCAGAGCAGCCUAUCAGCCUGCACCGAAAAAUCAGGACUUCAGCCCUGCAACUGAACUGGGCAAUGUCUCGAAAGGCUGGAGGCCAGCCUCAUUACGGUUUACAUUUAAGAUUUCUCUUCUGAUAGCGGCCGUUGCAGUAAUGGUUGGCCUUGGUGUCAUGUUGUGGGUCUCAAACAGAACCAAUGGGGUCUGUAUAGAUACCCGAGUGUCCUCAGCAGCCCUUACACUCUCAGCUUCGACCAUUCUAGUGCUCUUUGGAUAUUGUUUUGCAGGAGUCGAUAGCGCCGCCCAGACGUUAGCCCCAUUUAAUGUGCUUCGAAAAAGGCCCAACACACGAAGCAUCUUUAUAGAUGACCUUUCGUUUCUCGGGCGGCUCUCUGGGCUGGGAUCUGGACGAAUCCACAUCACACUUCUAGCCUCGGCUGCAAACAUCUUGACAAUCCCUGCAAUGAAAUUAGUUGCUGCGGGCCUUUUCUCUCCACUGAACACUGUCGCUGUUGAGUCUGUGAGUAUUCAGCUAGACAUCAGCAUGACUACAGCCCUAGACAAGGUGUCUAAUUUCUGGGGUUCUGAUUCAAUAAUCAAAGCAGCCUCCGAAUCCGCAGAAUGGGAAAGCACGCCUAACUACGGCCUCCAUCCCAGUUCGGGUAUCAUCGACAAUCUUGUUCUGGAUAACAUGACAGCAGUAGCGGGCGAAAGGAAUAAUAUGUCUGACGGCAUGGUCGAGGCCCGUGUUUCGGCUUUCGCAGUUGAUAUUGAGUGUGAACAGACUGGGCCCGCGGACUUCAACAUAUCGAUAUCAGCUACUGACAAUGGUUUCCUUUGGUUUACUUGGAGUUGUUCAACGGAGCACUGCUCCAAGUCAUUCGAUAGUAAUUCUUUUACUAACAUCAACGUGGGGGUCGCUGCUGGAUCCGAGAUCACUUCUUAUAUCGGAAUUGUCAGCCAGGAUUCUCGAGAAUACGAAACUGACCCUGAGUAUGUGAUUCUCUUAGCAGAUUAUUCGUCAUUCCAAAACGUGACGCCAAUUUCUACCACCACCCCGGUCACAUCGGCUACCGCGGAUUCUUUGAAUGUCACAUUGCCCACUCUGAGAGCAGUCAGUUGCACGAGAAAUGUCAGCGUAGUCAAUGUCACUGCUUCGUUCGCCAGACCAACUCAAGCCUCCAUCGGCGGGGGAGUGCAAUUACUCCCUUGGAGACCCGUCUCCGUGAAGCCUGAGUCUGUGAUAUACGAACGGCCCUACCCAACCGAAGAUCUGUACUACUUCCAACCGCCAAAGGUAACAUAUAGGCGAUACGCAUCGGGCAAAUACCGGGAUGGUACAUUGUCAGGGAACUCACUGUGGCCCACGCAUGCAAGCAGCCGGAACUUCUUUGAACUGCUCGCGACGGAUGCGCAGUACCGAGUCGGUAAUCUGUCCCGGCUGCUCGACGUAGAGGGACUUGCAGACUCGGCUUCGUAUAUGUACCGGGCAUAUGUAACCCAAGUGAUUACACAACUCCGGGCCUAUGCCGCCAACCCCGCGACUGCUCCGCCGGCAAACCAGACCCUCCCCGCAACGUUCAUCUAUCAGCAACCCCGUGUGCGGCAGAAUGCCGCGAACACCUACGCCCUCGAGGCCCUUCUCGCCGUCCAGGCCUGCCUGGCGCUCUUGGUCUUCUACCACUUUCCAAGCCAGGCAAUCCUACCCAACGCUCCCGGGUCCAUUGCUGCCCGCUUUUCCCUCCUGGCCAACAGUCGCAUCGUCCGCCGCCUUCGGCAGGAACGCGUGACAGACAUGCAGGAGGUCAAGAAGUGGCGCGAGCCCGCAGCCCUCGGCUGGUGGCGAGAUGAUUCGUCUGAAGGCGCGAACUCAACGUGGCGGUGGGGCGUGGACAUUGGGCGGGAUGUCAUAUUGCGGAGCUGGAAGAGUCCUCCACCUUCUUCUUCUUCUUCUUCUUCUUCUUCUUCUUCUUCUUCUUCUUCUUCUUUUUCUUCUUCCUCAUCAUCGUCAUCUUCUCGUCCCAUCUCUCCGUCUCAUUCACCUCCAUCUGCGUGGCAGGACUCGGCGAGCUCGGCGCCAGUCCUGCCCGAGAUCAACUUCGGUCGCGCCGCAGAGGGAGAAACGCUGGCAGUGGAGGAUUCAGAUUCACGGCGAGACUCCGUCAGCAGCAUGGAUACACUUCUCGAGCGAUAUUCCGAUCACAGAGCCGAGGAGCGAGCACAUAUCUAG